GUUAUUGUUUAAGUAAUUCGCUUUUCUAGACCAAAAAACAUGAUAGAUAGACCAUUACACAAACAUUCCAAAGUUGAGUUUUGCCACGAAUGAUCUGUAAUUGGUUUGUUUAUAGUGUAUACAGAAGUAACGUCUCUCGUACUAGGAGCUUGCCAGCCCACUCCGCAUUUUCAAGUUUAAAUGUUUAAUAUUUUCCUUUUCUGCUUUGCUGUAGAAUAAACACACAGAGAUUUAUGCUUUCUUUUGGGAGUUUUGCCUCUGAAAUUCCGAAAGAAAAGAUUUGGUGGCUGUUUGAGCUGUCAUCUGAUUGAAGGUUGCUAUUUGGGGGUCUAAAGAUUUUAGAUACAAUCAAAAGCUGGCUUUCAGGAAGCAGAAAGAUAUGGAAAUUGAGAGAAUCGUUGCUGAGUUUUAAUUAGGCUGAGCCUGGACCCGUUUUCUAGGUAUCCCUUUCAACAGUACAAGAAUCCGGGUGGAAUUUUUUAUUUAAGGGCUUAAUAAAACUUCAAAUUGACCAGAUUAUGGGGCUCUAGAGGCUGGAAAUCAAAGUUCUGGAGCGCCUGCUUUUGAGAUUUUGUAUGCAAAGCCAAAAGGAGCAGUCUUUUUACGAGGGCGCAAGGAAGUUUAGCCAAAUUGGAUUCGUAUAAAAUUUGGGAUACGCCUAGCUUUGGGUUCUUGCAGAAGAAUUCACAGAGUUUAGCGCAUAACAGGCCAAAGUUAAACAGAAUUCCUUUCUGGUACUCUCUUCUGCUUUGAUAUUGAUAAGCAUGGCAGCCUCUUUUCAGUCAUUGAAUCAUCCAUCUCAUGCUUUGGGUUUUAUAAGCAGGCAGAGAAGUCAGAACACGGUCAGGAGAAAUCCUGUUCUUGCUUUAUCUCCAUCUUCUAUUAUCCCAAAAAUUGAAGAAAGCGGUGAUCUACUGGACUUUAGCAAGAAUUCUCGCUCAACUAGUGCUCUAAUAGAUGGUGGUGGUUCAUUGCUUUCUCGCAACUCAGUAGGAGUUAUUGGUGGUGCCUCAGUUGUAUCCACUGUGAAGUUUGCCAAGAAAUUGGUGGACUGGAGUUCGAAGGAUGCCGAGAGUAGCAGCAUCCCUUUUGUUCUUUGCUCUGAUCCAGUACUAAGCAAGGAGCUUUUGUUCCACGAAAGGAGUUCUUUGCCUUUCCUUACUAGUAAGGGUGAACAUCGAGCUAAGGAUCAUGGUCCAGCUGUUUCAAAUCUGAGAACCAAGAGAAUAUUUCUGGAGAAUUCUGGAGCUGGUUGCAUUGUGACGCCUUGUCAUGUAUCCCAUUCAUGGUAUGACGAGGUUGCAGAAGGAUGUUCUGUACCUUUUCUUCAUAUAGGCGAAUGUGUUGCCAAGGAGCUAAAGGAAGCAAAAAUGAAGCCUCUUGAAGCUGGAAGUCCACUACGUAUUGGAAUUAUUGCAAGUGAUGCGACGUUAGCUGCAGGAUUUUAUCAGAAGAAACUUCAAAAUGAGGGGUUUGAGGUCAUGGUGCCGGAUAAAGCUACCAUGGAACACACUGUACUCCCAGCAAUGGAAGCUUUAAUCAGAAAAGACAUUGAAGGAGCUCAAAAUUUGUUCAGAAUUGCUUUGCAAGUACUUCUGGUGAGAGCCGUAAACACUAUAAUCCUUGCCUCUGAUGACAUGCAAGGCCUUUUGCCUCCAGAUGAUCCUCUUCUCAAGAAAUGUGUAGACCCAGUGGAUGCCUUGGCCAGAUCAGCUAUCAAACAUGCUCGUUCUGCUGAAAUUGCUACAUAGCGAAACAGCCAAAUGCGCAGAAAGAUGCAUUUGGUUCUAAAUUUAAAACUUACGUUCCAUUCUUUUAAAUGGAGGAGGACCCUCGGAACCGAGAUUUUCAGCUUAUGCUUGUACUAUCAUUAACAGGUGUUGCUGCUAUGAAACACAAUCACUACAACUGUAAAUCAUAGUUGCAGUUACGUUCCUGUAGAAUA